AUGGCUGAGCAGGUGCUCGCCGAGAACGACUUCGAGGACGACUUCUCCGACAUCGACAUGGAGGAGCUCGACUCGUACCUGACCUCCCCGCCCGGCGUCGCGGGCGCGGCGGAUUCCCCCGCGGAGAGCGCGCGCGCGGCCGCGCGAGCGCGUCUCGCCGCUCGAGCCGCGCACGGCGAAGAAUCCAUGUCCGCGCAGGCUGCCGCGGAGGCGGCGGUCGAGUCCGUCGGCGGCGGCGCCGCCGCCGUCAACGACGAGAACGCGCCCCCCGGCGCGGCGCGGCGCUCGGUCUUCUCCCGCCUCGACGCCGCGGGCGCGAAGACCCCGAGCGCGCGCGCGCUCGCGGCGAAGCGCAAGCACCUCAUCUCCCCGCCUGGAAAAUUCGCCCGACGCAAGGGUUCAAACGGCGCCGGCGUCAACGCCGCGCGCGCCGCGCGCGACCUCUGCGGCGACCUCGGCGAGCCCAAAGAGAGCCUCAUGCGCCGCGCGAUCGAGUGCAUCGGGAUCCCCAUGGCGAACGACCUCGCGAUCGAGGUGGGCGCGAUCGAAGGCGGCGGCGGUCAGAUGACGGCGGACGGCUCGCGUCGACGCACCCCCGGCGGCGUCUUCUGGGCGUUGCUCAAGACUAAGGUGGCCAAGGAGGACUGGGACUUCAUCUUCGAGGAGGAGCGCGAGGUGCAGCGCGAGCGGUGCCGCCGUCGGCAGCGCGCGAAGAGCCUCGCGAACAGCAACGCGACGUCGCUCGCGGGGUCGCCGAGCUUCCGCGGCGGCGUCGUCGGGAUGAAGACGCCCGCGGCGGAUCUCAUCUCCAACAAGCUGGCGGGCGCCGCGGAUGCGGCGGGGGCGACUCCGGGGAGCCGCGCGGUGACCAUCACCGCGCCCGCGCGCCCGUCGCUCGCGGAGCGGAUCAACGGCAACGUCGUGGUCGCUCAAAACAACGCCAACGCCGCGGACACGCCCGCGCCCGCGGCGGCGAUGUCGAGGCUCGGGAUGUUCGCGCCGGCGACGACGACGCCGCCCGGGUCGUGGGCGGCGUUGGCGAAAGCCGCGGCGGCGAAGCCCGCGCCCGCGCCCGCGCCCGCGGCGACGCCGAAGCCGGCGCUGAAGGUCAACACGACGACCACCAAGACGCCGCUGUCGAACACGUCGUCCACCGCGUCGGACGAGUUCGCGGUGCUGACGCCGGAUAACGUCCUCGACGCGUCCGUUACGCUCGGCGGCGCGUCGUACGCCGCGCGCGCCAAGGCGGCGGCGGCGCUCGACGCGAAAGAAAACGCCGUGCGCGCCGCCGCGGCGGAGAUCAAGGCGAAGGCGAAGCUCGCCGCGGUCAAGAUGGCUCCUCCCGCGCCGGCGCAGGCGCCUGUCGCGGUGGACGACUGGGCCGAGGACGCGGAGGCGGCGGACGACGACGCGAUGGACGUCGAGGAGAAGACGGCGACGGCGACGGCGACGGCGGGCGGAUGGGGUUCCGCCGCGGCGUCGUUCGCGUCCAUGCUCCGCGCGUGA